UCACAGAAGAUUUUUUUGAUUUUUUUUUUAUUUUGCCCAAUUUUUUGAUUUGAUUUGUUUGUUCUUCUAAUGGAGCCGAGUGUGGGGAAGCCGAGUUUUCUGAGAAAUAUUCUGGUGCGUUUGUUUCUAUUCUGCGUCCUCGUCAUCGCUCUCAGAUUUGCUUAUGUGGUCACAAUCCGAGGUGAAUCGUGUGACCUAGGCGAUUUCUGUUUCUUCGCCCUACCGGAUAAUUUCAACGUCGUCGCCGGCGUAGGUCAGCUCGAGAAAUCGUCGUCUUCAGCUGUCAUAUCAUCAGCCGGCCGAGCUACGCCGUCGAUGCCGAAUAAGAUCCCCGAUCUGUGGGCGACCAAGGGUUUUCAAAAAUCCGUACAUUUUUACUCCUCGGUUUUUCAGGAUCUGAUAUCUGAAGCCGUUCUGAGCCCCAAUUUCAAAACCCUAUGCGUCGAUACAGCCAUGGGAGCCGAUGUUUUCGCUCUGAAGGAGAUCGGCGUGGAGGACUCCAUCGGUAUUUCCAAGAAAGCUUUCAAGCCGUUGGUAAUUUCAGGGCAGGGUUUUAAGCAGCCCUUUGGUGAUGAGACUUUUGAUUUCGUGUUUUGUGGAGCUGGGGUGGUGGAGAAGUCAGUGAGGCCAGGUGCUAUCGUGGCGGAGAUUGGGCGGACACUGAAGCCCGAAGGGUUUCUAGUCGUCCACACUGCCUCAAACGAUACAUAUAGUUUCGAAUCAUUACUUAGUUUGUUCAAUUUUUGUAAAUUGGUGAGAAGUAGGGAUAUUGGUGGUUUUGUUAGAGAAAUUGUUCUGCAGAAAGAUAGCGAAGAGGGGAAUAUCAAGACGAGUAUCGAAAAAUCUAGUGGGGAUUCGGUGACAAAAUGCCCCGUUCGAAGUUAUAAACAGGAAUUGAUAAGGAAAGCGGAGCCUCUGAUAGAGGAAGAGCCCAAGAAACCGUGGAUUACACUCAAGAAGAAUGCUCAGAAGAUUAAGUACUUGUCUGCAAUGGUGGAUAUUAGUUUUAGUUCGAGGUAUGUAUAUGUCGAUGUUGGUGCAAGAAGCUACGGCUCGAGCAUAGUGAGCUGGUUCAAGAAGCAAUACCCGAAGCAGAACAAGACUUUUGAUAUAUACGCAAUUGAAGCAGACAAGACUUUUCACAAUGAUUAUAAAUACAAGAAGGGGGUUACUUUGCUGCCUUAUGCAGCUUGGGUUAAAAACGAGAGCCUGUUCUUCGAGAUUAACGAGGACCCUGGUCAUAAAAAUGUAGAGAAAGGUAGAGGGAUGGGCAGGAUUCAACCGGUUCAGUCUUCCUCUGGCGGUGAUGGCGGCGGUGGUUUUAAAUCCUCCGGCGAUGUCGAUCAGAUACAGGGGUUUGAUUUUGCUGAUUGGUUGAAGAAUACAGUAACGGAGAGGGACUAUGUUGUAAUGAAGAUGGAUGUUGAAGGGACUGAAUUCGAUCUGAUUCCUAGGUUGUUUGAGACAGGGGCAAUAUGCUUGAUUGAUGAGCUGUUUCUUGAAUGUCAUUACAAUAGGUGGCAGAAAUGCUGUCCAGGUGAGAGGUCGAAGAAGUACGAGAAAACGUAUGGGCAGUGCCUGGAUUUGUUCACUUCCCUUAGGAAAAGUGGAGUGUUAGUGCAUCAAUGGUGGUGAAACUGGUAACAGCUAUCUCUACUCCUUUGUACCAUCUCUCGUUGUUUCAGUUUCUCUCUUUGCGAAAAACGAAGAUGCUGUGGCAUUUUCUUCCUCUUAUGUAUCUAUUGUUCUUUUAAAGAAAAAAAAAGUUAAAUAGUUAAAAGUUUUAGUGAUUCUUUUUCAAUGAUAUGUUGUGUGCUGUCUCAUUAUUAUCAGAUAGUUUCAAGAAACACACUGAACUAUUCAUAAUUUCCAAACAACCCUAGUGGAGCAUGAUCAUGAUCGGUGAAUCUGAAUCAUUGCUUCUAUGAUUGAGAAUUUCGGUUUAUAGAUUAUUCGAGAUGGAGCUUGCAGUUGAAUUAAUUUUGCUGUGCCAAUUUAUGAAUAAAUUGUUCGUUCG